CCUGGCCACGGCCGCCCUCCUGUGCAGGGAGGAGCCACAGGACCCAGGCGUGCGGGUGGCCACCUCAGGCUGGCUGGGGACGGGGCGGUGGCAGCCGGGGCUAGGAAUCCCAGGGUGCCCUGGGCUUUGAGAACCUUGGCCCCCAUCACAAUGGGCGGAGGUUCUGGGGCAGCCUGAGCUGCGGUUCUGCGGAGCAGACACAGCACCGGGAGGCAGGGCCCCUCGGCCACCAUGAAGACACAGAGCGAGGGGGACAUGGACGAGCAGAUCCAGGAGCUCAAGACCAUCACUCGGCUCCAGGAGCAAUGCCGGGCGCUGCAGACCCAGGCCGUGAAGGAGAAGACCGCCAAAAACAAGGCGACGCAGGCGCUCCUGCGCAGCAACAUCCGUCAGGGGGUCCAAGACUGGGCUUUGGCGAAGAAGCACGACCAGCGGUCCAUCUCCAAGGCCUGCGGGAAGGACGUGCCCACGAGGCUGGCGCACUGCCGCUGCACCAUGGAGGUGGCGCGGGAGAAGCUGCGCAAGUACGUCUUCGACCGAGUGAACGCGCACAACGCGCUGAUCCAUCUGGCGCGGCGGCGCGGGCAGCAGCUGGAGAGCAUGCAGCUGGAGCUGGCCAGCCUGCAGAACCAGCCGACCGCCACCAAGGAGGAGCUGCGCCUGCUGCAGCCCCCAGGUCAUCCGCCAGCUGGAGAACAACAUCGAAAAGACGAUGGUCAAGAUCACCACGAGCCAGAACAUCCACCUGCUGUACGUGGACCUGCUGGACUAUCUGAAGAAAGAGCUGGCGGGAUACCCCACAGAGCUGGACAAGCUGCAGAGUCUCGUGGCCGAGUACUGCUCCGAGCUGUCGGACAUGACUAUCAUGUCCCAGGACGCCAUGAUGAUCACGGACGAGGUCAAGAUGAACAUGAGACAAGGGGAGGCGACCUUCAUCGAGGAGCGCCGGGCGCGGGAGAACAGGCUGAACCAGCAGAAGAAGCUCAUCGACAAGGUCCACAGCAAGGAGACCAGCGAGAAAUACCGCUGGUGAGCGCCCGGGACCCCUCGCGGCCGCGGACGGCGGGGGGGCCGCCCCCAGCGCGGGGUGCUGCUGACCCGCCCCCCCCCCCCCCCCCCAACCAGGGCCGCAGGGACCUGGACUUCCCCUCCAAUCUCAUGGGAAUAGAGACCACGAAAGUGAGGAAAAGGGAGGCCUCCGUGGCCAACGUCGAGUACCAGGCGAACACGACGGCUAUGGUGGAGAAAAUCAAGACGGCCGUGCGGUGCUCCCACCUCUGGGACAUCACAGGCCAGUUCCUGGCUCAGCGGACCACGGAGGACAACCUGGAGCUGCAGAUGGAGGACUGCGAGGCCAGGCGGGCCCAGCUGGCAGCCCUGAUGAGGAGGCUGGAGACGGAGGAGGCGCUGCUCAAGUUCCGCCAGGCACCCAGCUCCAACAGCUUCGAGUCCGUCCAGAAGAAGAUGAAGGACACGCUGAGGGAGGAGGAGGAGCGGCUGCAGCUGGCCCACGCUAACAUGACCAAGAGCCAGAAGCUGCUGUUGACCAUCCAGACGGGCAUCGACAACCUGUAUAUCCGGCUCAUUGGCAUCAUCCCUGCCCCCCAGGCAGGUACAGGGAUUGGGGGGGGGCGCCGAGAGGGGAGGAGCUGUGUGCACAGGGAGCCUGGGAGGGGCCCCAGAGGAGCAGAGCGCCUCCCUCCUGGUCUGCAGAAAGAAGCGACGCUCUCGGACAACCUCGACGUGCACGGCAAGCUGGCGUACUGCGAGAGGAAGCUGCUGUACCUGGCCAACAGAGUGCGGACGCUGUCCAUGACCGAGGAGAUCAACACGAAGGUGAGGGACGCCCUGGAGUCCUCGACUCUGAAGGAGAAGCAGAACACCAGGAUCAGCUUUGAGGACCAGGAGGAGGACAUGAUAGAAACCUUCCACUUCGCGGACGUGGACCACAGCUACGUCCCCUCGCGGGCGGAGAUCAAGGGGCAGGCCCAGCGCGUGAUCGAUGGGAAACUCAAGGUGGCCAAGAAGAAGAAGUGACCCGGAGCGGGACCCUGCCUGCCCCCCCGUCCCCAGGCAGCCGUUUUGUUACAGAAAUAAACAUUUUGCCAUAA